AUGGCAGAGGAAAUCAAUCUAAACAUACUGAAUGCAUUCUGCAACAGCUUUUUAUUUUCAUUCCAUGUUCAACCACCAGGAGAGGACCUGUUCCAGAUUAGAGGUCAGAAUGGUUUGUUGCACACCUGCAUGGAUCCUCUCCCAGAGGUUUCUGGGAAACAGGAAGUGAGCGACACGGCAGAUCAUGUGCUGGAAACGUUCUAUCCUGUCUCUCCCACCAUCAACCUGCAGAAGGUGAACGUGUACAAGGAGGAGAUUAACUGCUCAGGCUUCAGGGAUGACUACCCGUACCCCCAUGCCCACACACUUUUCUUUCUGGAGGGAGCUGAUGCUAACUGUAAGCUGCGUCCGGAUCAGUUCAGAGCCAAGAUGUUGAUGUUUACCUUUGGCAACGCUCUGGUCCGUGCACAGAAACUGUAUGGGCCCCAGCGUGUAUUAGAUCGUCCGGUAACCGUACAGGCAGUGGGGACCAACGGCAGAAUCUUCCAGUUUAUGGUUUUCCAGCUCAACACCACGGAUCUCUCUGGAGACGACGGCAUCAAGAACCAGGUGCUCCAUUAACAAUAAAUCAAAA